GGGAGAGAGAACAGAGACACGCGCGCGCGCGGGAGCGCGCAGUCUUUCACAAACUUGGUCAGCCUCCAAAGCUGCAAUAGCUAAAGAGAACCACGCGGUGGCGAAACCUACGCCGGGACCGCCGGAUGUCGGUGCCUCAGACCUUCUUUCCUAGCGCCGCCGGAAGUUGAAGAGGUUGCGCUUCCGGUGUCGCGCGACACACGUGUCUCUCCUCGGGUGGCCCUACUAGCCAAAAUGAAGUUCAAUCCUUUCGUGACCUCGGACCGAAGCAAGAACCGCAAGAGACACUUCAAUGCGCCCUCGCACAUUCGCCGCAAGAUCAUGUCCUCUCCGCUCUCGAAAGAGCUGAGGCAGAAAUACAACGUUCGCUCUAUGCCCAUCCGAAAGGACGACGAGGUCCAGGUGGUUCGUGGACACUACAAAGGUCAGCAAAUUGGCAAGGUAGUCCAGGUUUACAGAAAGAAAUAUGUCAUCUACAUUGAGCGUGUUCAGCGUGAAAAAGCCAAUGGCACAACUGUCCAUGUGGGCAUUCACCCUAGCAAGGUAGUUAUCACCAGGCUAAAACUGGACAAAGAUCGUAAAAAGAUUCUUGAGCGAAAAGCCAAAUCUCGACAAGUUGGAAAGGAGAAGGGCAAAUAUAAAGAAGAAACUAUUGAGAAGAUGCAAGAAUAAAAUGGUCUGUUGUACAGUUGUAAUUAAAAAUUAAAAUUAA